AUGAUGAAGCGUCGUGAACUGAAGGCGCGAAGGGAGGAAAACAGACGUGCCCUAGAGACCCGCCUCGAGCAGAACGCUUUCCAUCUGGAUCUUCAUUUGAACCUCCCUUCCUUCCGCCUUACGAGAGCACGUAAGGACUCCGCAGGCUCCGUGGCCGCUAGUGCCCCCAGGCCUCCUCGCCUGCUCACUGUGUCCUCCCUGGGUCAAUGUACGUUAGCAGAUUAG